GCAUUACAUUCCAACAAAGUUGUACCCCAUCUCAUCUGUCAUCAUCUCUCACUUUCGCCACCCUCACAACGCGAUUCGCUGCAACUGCAAACCACUGUGAUAGGAUUUCCAGAGAACACAAUCUUCCUUCACAAAAAGGGUUUUCACUUCUCAAAUUCAUCUUUCCCCAAUAGCUUCUACAAUUGAUCCCUGAUCUCCAAGAUUUUGUUGCCAGAGGUGCCUCCAAGUUCACGGAUCUUGGCAUUCGGAUUGGCCAUCUAAAGUUGGAAAUGGUUAAAAGUUAUGGAGCGUUUUGAUUUGCAAUUGCAAGAGAUAUCAUGUUGCAGUGCAUAGAGGGAAUUAAGCAUCUAUUGGCUCCGCUAUUGCAAUGUUGUGACCUCGAUUUAUAUCAGCAGUCAAGAGGCAUUGGAGAUCCUGAACUCCUUGCAAGAGAGACAGUGUUCAGUGUGAGCGAAAUCGAAGCACUUUAUGAGCUCUUUAAAAAGAUCAGCAGUGCUGUGAUUGAUGAUGGGCUGAUCAACAAGGAAGAGUUUCAAUUGGCACUAUUCAAGACGAAUAAAAAAGAAAGUUUGUUUGCUGAUCGGGUAUUUGAUUUGUUUGACACAAAGCAUAAUGGGAUACUAGGUUUCGAAGAGUUUGCUCGUGCACUCUCUGUUUUCCAUCCAAAUGCCCCCAUUGAUGAUAAGAUUCACUUUUCCUUUCAAUUGUAUGAUCUCAAGCAGCAGGGUUUUAUUGAAAGGCAAGAGGUGAAACAAAUGGUUGUUGCUACACUUGCUGAAUCUGGCAUGAACCUAUCAGAUGAUGUUAUAGAGAGUAUAAUUGACAAGACUUUUGAGGAAGCAGAUACAAAGCAUGACGGCAAGAUUGACAAGGAGGAAUGGAGGAACCUUGUUUUGCGUCAUCCAUCACUUUUGAAGAACAUGACCCUUCAAUAUCUCAGAGACAUCACCACAACAUUCCCGAGCUUUGUAUUCCAUUCACAAGUAGACGAUACUUAAACAUCAAAUAUUUUUUAUAUUAUUUGGCCUAUGGUUUCAUUGCCUGUGGACUCCAGAGCCUCUUUUUAUGUAAAAAUAUUAAAGUAGACAUAGCAAAGGGAUUUAUUUACCUUGCAUCGGUUGUAUUCAUUCGAUGACGAUAUUUGGUUUUGUGGUUAAAUUUUCUCGAAAUACUUUUGAUUUA